CCAACCUAAGUGUAUGUAAACUUCUGACUUCAACUGUAAACACUGGCCUGAUGCCCUCCUAGUAGAAAAAGUCUCUUGUGACACAUCCUAGAAAACAUCAUAGUCCAACCACUUCGACACACAUGUACCAUGAAAACAUUAUGAAAGUCUCUUCCCGUAAUCAUCAUGGGGCUACUUGAGCAAUAGGAUUCAAGUAUUGCAGCGGUGCAAGUAGUGGAUGGGAAAAGUGUUUACAUCAGUGAGAUUAAGUCUGACCUUGACAUGUGGAAAAUUACAGGGGGGAAAUAUAUAUAAUGUAUAUAUUUAAAAAACAACAUUGUGGUGACCUUAUGCAAGCGUGGAUUAGCCUAUAUCUAUUUAGCAAUUAACGCGUUGAUAGGGUGGCAUCCAUCUAUGAAUAUUCACGUUCUGAAGCAUUUCACAAUUGGUGUGUUUUCUUUUGGCCAGUGACGAAACACCCCAUCAGUGUCAAUAACCUCUUGCUUCUCAUGUGUGUGUUGGUCGCUUUGGGUGUGGUGUCAUGUGAGUAACCUUCUGAGUGUAGGGCUUCCUUCCUCAUCGCUUCUAUAGAGUGGAACACAUCUGCACUACCAGCCCACAUAGGGGGUGGCUGUCCACACACCGCAUCACUACCAACGGCAUCGCUGCACCAGUGGGUUGUGAGACAGCAGAGCUCCGGUGGAGAGACUGUUUUAGCCUGAGUCUGAGCCCACAUCAGGAGUUCUACACUCACCCAAGUCCUGCCUUGUCCAACCUGAACCAGCCAUUUUCUGACUUGCCAAGCCCUUCACAACCCAGCCAUGGAUGCCCUGUCCUCCCUGAGCUCCUCAACCUCCUGCUCUCAUCUGUACCUCUGGGCCAGCAACACCACCAACAGCAGCGCUGUUAACAUUGAUGUGAUCCUGGAGCACUACAACCACACAGGGCGCCUGCAGCAUCGCGUGCCCCGCCAGGGUGGCCUGAGCUCGGCAGCGGUCCUCUCCCUCUUCAUCAGCGUCCUCAUCAUCCUGGAGAACCUGCUGGUCCUAGUGGCUGUGCUCUCCCGGAUCCUCCACAGCCGCCGCUGGGUCUACGUGUGCAUCGCCAACAUCACCCUGAGCGACCUGCUGGCCGGGGCGGCCUACGUGGUCAACAUCUGGAUGUCGGGCAGCCAGACGUUCAGACUGAGCCCGGCUCUGUGGCUGUUCAGGGAGGGGGUACUGUUCGUGGCCCUCGCCGCCUCCAUCUUCAGCCUGCUGCUGAUAGCUGUGGAGCGCUACACCACCAUGAUGAAGCCGCUGCACCAGAAGUCGGCCAGGAAGACGUAUCGUAUCUACGGCCUGGUGGCGCUGUGCUGGAUCGUGGCCUUCGCCAUCGGCUUCCUCCCCCUGCUGGGCUGGAACUGUGUGUGCAGCCUGGAGAGCUGCUCUACCCUGCUGCCGCUCUACUCCAAGAGCUACAUCCUCUUCUCCCUUCUCAUCUUCUCCCUCAUCCUGCUGGCUAUCGGCGUGCUCUAUGGCGCCAUCUACAGCCACGUGCGCAGCAGCUCCAAGGUGGGCUCCCAGCGCAGCCGCAAGCGCUCCCUGGGGCUGCUGAAGACAGUCAUCUCCAUCGUGGGUGUGUUCAUCAUAUGCUGGGGCCCUCUGUUCAUCCUGCUGCUGGUGGACUUCUUCUGUGUGUCGCGGCAGUGCGCACCGCUCUUCAGCGCCGACUGGGUCAUCGCCCUGGCCGUGAUAAACUCGGCCCUGAACCCGGUCAUCUACACCCUGGGCAGCACAGAGCUGAGGAAGGCCAUUGCCGGCUUGUUGUGCUGCUGCUGCCUCAGGGCAGGCCUCUGUCACCCUGACACCUUUGUGUCCAAGGAGACCAGCAGCACCGGGAGCAUCAGGCACAGCAGCCUGAGGAACAGUUUCAAUAAGAUCAGGAGUCUCACUGUCAGCCCCCCGCCUGCACCCAAUGCCCCCAAGAAGAGCCGCCGCCUGAGCUCCACCACCACCUGCCUGUCUGUGUCAAGCGGUUAGACCACAAUGGGCUGCCUGGGGCAGGCGUAGCUGUGUGUGUGUUUGAGAGACAUAGAGAGAGAGAGAGUCAGUGGAGGCUCCUCAGAGGAGGAAGGGGUGGGGGGCCUUCCUACUCAGGGAGUUUCAUAAAAGUAAAAAUAUAAAAAAUACAAAUAUCAAUUAUUAAUUUGUAUCAUACUGCAAUUAAAGCCAGACUAAGUCAAUGGCACAGAUGGAACUAUCCAAGCAGAAGAUCUCCAUCAAAAAUCGAAGUUAAAGAAUAUUACUAAAUCUAAUCAAAUUUAAAUGCAAUUUAAAUCAAGUUUGAUUUAGUCUUACCAGUCUCAUUUGAUUUAGUCUUAAUAGCUGUUGAUGAAUUUGCAAUGCUAUAUAGACCUAAAAAGUAUAAUUGAUGAUAUAGGACUUAUAAUGUAUGGUUACAUUUCUUUUGCUCUGUUAAACCUACCCUUUGGAACUACUUUGAUAGCAACAGUGAAUAUAUUUAGUUAUUGAGAGGUCUCUGAAUAAUCACUCACAAUAGCACAUUGGUAGUAGGUGAUAUAAAAACUAAGCUGGGUUUGGUUAAAACCCUGUAUUGGAGACCAAAUGAAUAGUUGUAGAUCAAUUCUCCAAUAGGAGGUGCUGCCCAGACACAUGUUUUUUCCUGAUAUUGGACAUUCCGUUGAAGAUCUGACAUUGUUUCAAAAGGUACAAAUUCAAUUUACUGUAUUUUAAAGAAGGGUUGUAUAUGUUGAAAAGUGGUUACUAUGAUGACAUUAUCCUGUGGUUGAAAUUUCACCCUCAAAACAAAAGUUUAUGACUUUUUUCAAAUCCAAUGUAUUUUCCAUGUAACAUAUACAUUGUCUAAUUACACUGAGACAAUGUUGAUUCAACCAGUUUGUGCCCAGUGGGUCAAGGUAGGUAUAGGGCAAAUUCUUGUAUCAUGUAGUAGCCUAAACCUAUCGAUGUUACAUUGAGCUGGAUGAAUGGAAUAUGAAAUGACAGUCAUCCAAUAUGCUGAAAUAGAAAUAAGGCCAAGCUCAUAAGAAAAAGAUUGUCCUCCCAAAUCUGAAAGGGCACUAACUGCCGCUGGUGUGUGUGUGUGUGUGUGUGUGUGUGUGUGCUGUGUUACCACAGAGAAUGCAGUUCCUCCAUUAUCUAGCUCCACCCAAAUGUGGCCUUGAUACAACCAGGUCUACAUACAACGGUUUUCUCUGCUGUUGGUUUUGUUCAUUGUCUUCAUUGUCAUCAGCCCAGGACCUGGUACACUGACGAAAGAGCAUCUUUGUGGUUCUCUGUUACUGUAGCAACACCAAUCUGUUUCAUUUUUUUUUUAAUUAAAAAAGGAGUUCAAACUCGUUCAAGAUUUAUCAUAAAAGAUGCACUAUGGAAGCUGCUUUUGUUUCACUGUUUCAGCCUUGAAACAGAUACUCUUUUACUGUGAAGAUGGUUUUCAUUGAAAGGGGUGCUUUCUUUAUUGCACCACUUAAAUAGAACUGAAUUAAAAACAACAAAAAUAUGUAGAUAUAUUUAGAAAAUGCAAUAUUAUUUAUACAUACACUGAGUGGACAAAACAUUAAGGACACCUACUCUUUCCAUGACAAAAACUGACCAGGUGAGUCCAAGUGAAAGCUAUGAUCCCUUUUUGAUGUCACUUGUUAAAUCCACUUCAAUCGGUGUAGAUGAAGUGGAGGAGACGGGUUAAAGAAGGAUUUUUUAAGCAACUCACUAUUUGGAAGGCGUCCCUAAUGUUUUGUACACUCAGCAAACAUUGUACAGAAUGGUAGUUAAAUACAUUUUUUCAAUUGGUUAAACAUUUAUUUUGUUCAAUAUUGUUUUUAAGAGUAUACAUUUGUUGAACGCUUUACUAUUGCUGUUAUUCUGAAAGAGGAUUAUAUUUCUGUUAUUUUGUACAUUGACAAUGUAUAAAUAAAUAUUUUAACAAAACA